AUGCUCCACCAUCCAGGUGGAAAACGUGGAUCAGACCAUGAUGUGGGACAAAAAAACUGUGUGCGACUAUUGUUUCCCUCUGACGCAAAGCUGUAUAUCUUCUCAAAGCUAUCGUAUUUUUUUAUUGUAAGAACUAAGAGAGGAGCGAAGACCACGGAGGGACAGACAGCCAUUCACACCAGUGGUACAACGAGGAUCAAUUACCAUUUACAUCAGAUCUUACUCGGCACAUCAACGGUAAAAAUGUGUUUUCGUCGUGGGGGCGGUUUUCGUGAGCGCGUUGAUGAUUGGUUGCUCGAGUUAGAGGUAAAAAUGAUGGUACGCACAAGUAGUCGUUCAUGAUAUGCA